AGUAGGACGACACGCGUGAGGGAGUCGCUAGAAUGUAGUAAGCCCGAGAAGCGAGAGAACUUUUCAAUUUCAAUUUUUGGAUUGAGUAAAUCCGCUUUGAUUUUUUAAGCUUUUCUUCUCAAGUCAAAGCAACGAUGAUGACCACCACCGCUACUCCUCUAGCGGUCGCGCGUAAGACUCGCGACCCCCGUUCAGCUGCUGAAACUAGGGUCCAGCGACAGCGCGAUGUGCUAGCUGCUAUAGCCGACUCGGUCGGCCAAAUGAGGGAUGCAUUCAGCACCGUUGUACUACAGCAAAGGGUGCUAAUGGGAGCACUAGAGGAGUUUGUGUUUUUCCAGACGUCAUCCCCUGACUCGGUAGAUCCUGCGUUGAAUGUAAUGCUGGAAACAGUCGCUCAACUUGGCAGUCUGUGUACUGGAUGUGCCAGAGGAUUUUACGAAGCUGUCCCGACUACAGUGGAUGGGACUGGUCGAAUAACUCUAGCUGACGCCGAAGAAGAACAAAAAUUACUCGCUGCGGCUGUAGCAUCAGGGAAAACGAGGAAUUCGGGUGCUGUUGUAGUGGAUAGGAAGUUAUAAGUGAGGGUGUGCAUUUUGAAAUUGAAUAUCGCAAACGCAAUGGUAAGCAAAUGCGAAAGUAGAUGUAGAUCAUGGGUAGUCAUGAUAGAGAUGGGUCCUCUUGUUCCUAGAUUUAUAUAAGUAUAUAGUUAAGGCUCAACUUUCAUUGGUCAUCGAGGUUGGUCACUGAGUUCGAAGAGGGACCUCUUGAGAGAACAUACAGGGGAAAAUGAAGGGAAAGGGGAGAGCCUUGGAGGGGGUCUCUUCCGUUCAGAGUCCGUGACCAAUGAAUGCUGCGCUUUAAUAUAAGUAGCUGCUUUUCGUCACCUCCUUAAUGAUCACGCAGCAUAUCCUUCUAAUUCCCAGUUCCAAGGCAGUCUCUUCCACUCCAGAGAAGCUUCUAGACCGUGUCCAACUGGUCGCCAAGUCCAUGCUCAACGAAAUCGAGGAAGCCUUGUACCUUUUUGACCAACGCGACAUUGCUUGGGGACAACAGCAGCAUUACGAGAAGAAGGUCCUCGAGAUUAGGCAGAGUCUGGGCUUAAGGCUACCGAUGAUGAACACGCAUCCCCAACAGCAUCCCUGACUACUUAGUUUAUUUCUUCAGGACCGGGUGAAUAUCUUCCCUGGGUGCCUCACUGGCAGAUCAAUAUCGGUGAAGAGAAAGAGAAACAAACCCAGGGAUGCUCUUAACAAGGAUGCGAAGGUGCUGCCUCUAAUGGGAGGUGGAGGAGCCGGGUCGUUAUUGAGUGGAGGAUCAUCGCCAAUGUUCAGUUCCAAACUCCAACGAAACGAGCAUAAACUAGCAGCAGCGCGCAACGACUGCCACGAACUGCAACAAGCAUGCAUUCAGGAGACAGAUAAAUGGAGGGGGACUGACUUGACAGACGUUUUUAGGCCAGUUGAGCUGGCUAUGAAAACAUUGUGCAAAGCAUGGGGUGAAGCAGUUUCGGGCGGAGGUGGGAGUGGUUCGUCGUCAGCUUCAGGUGGAGGAAAAGAUGCAUCUUCAAGUGCAACAUCUACCCCUUCAACUAGUACACAGGGAACUGCUACAACUGGGAGAGUAUCAACAACUGCAGGGAGGACAAGCGCAACUACAACGACUACACCACAAAAGACAACCAAGACUAGUCAUAAUCCUUGGAACAACAAUCCGAGUCCUUCUUCCCCAACUUCUUCUUCCACGAAAACAACAAAGCCUGCUUUCGUCGCCUCGAGAUACAACGUCAUUCAAGAGAGGAACUCGGCAAAACUGAACACGUCUGGUGGGGCGAGUGGCUCUGGCGCUUAUCCGAAUAACUUGCCCGCCGCACAUAGGGAUAAGGAUUCUAGUUGUACGAACCAGUCUCCUAGUGCAUCUCCUGGUGGGUAUCCCACGCACAUCGGCAAUCGAGUAGAAGUUGUAGACAGAGGAAGUAGGUUCAAGCCUGAAAAGCGAAGUUCUGAGGUAGAUGGGCCUCCUAUUAAGGCUGCCGCUGAAGCAUCCCCAACACCAUCCUUGGCCUCUUUUUGAAGGGGAAAAAGGGCUCAGGGAUGGCUCCAGGGAUGCAACGCGGUAGCCCUAAUCCCACUACUAUUGUGCCGACUGAAGUGGAAAAGACAACCUCAACUAGCGCAAAAGAGGCUGCUGCAACCACUGAGAAAAUGGAAGAGCCUGCUGAAAAAUACGAUAAAGUAGCCGACGAUUCAGUUCCUACUCCUACACAUACCAAAGGGCCCCCAAGAAGUACAACACCUCCAAGCGCCGAGGUAGUCCCGCCUCCUUCCUCUACUUUAAGGCUCAGCUUUCAAUGGUCAUUGGGGUUGGUCACUGAGAUCGAAGAGGCGACCCCUUGAGGAAAGAUGGGGGGAAAACGAAGGGAAAGGGGAGAGCUUUGAAGGGGGUCCCUUCCUUUCAGAGUCAGUGACCAUUGAAGGCUGAGCUUUAACUACUACCCCGCCUCGUCCUUCUUCUACUACAACUACUGCCGACCAUCAGGAGGCCGUCGCCGCUCUGCUCCGCAAACGAGCACCCAGGAACUACAUCGAGGGCAUCACUCCACAAUUGAUCCAAGACGACGCAGACGCAACGCAGGAGGUGACGAUCACACUGGAAGCGCCCAUGGCGAAUAGGAUAUCUAGGGUAAUCUUUGCGGGUCACGAAAUACCCUUGGUGGAGUCUGAUGCUCAGACAGUGACAAUAGCAGGCCAAUUUCCUAUGGAUGCGGUUGAGGUGACGGCUUUGAAAGAAUUGGGCAGAAAGCGAUUUCCUGUGAGUAUCGAGGCGGCGGGGAUUGAACAUUUGUAUUUCAACAUCUCGUGUUCUUGCCGUUUCUCAGUUGUAUCAGUCGCUCUUCAUUUUACUUGAUUGCGUCCUCGUGGCAACGUUUCACGAACCUAUUGUGAACUUUCUAAAAGUAAGAAUGUUCUGUGCUGCACUUCAAAAUAGUGCAUGAAGUAAAGUCGUCGUCUUUGUUUCGAGUUGAGAGAAACGAGAAGAGAAAAUCGGCGAAGAGAAUCGGAUUUGUUUUCGACGGUUUUCGUUUGGGAAGAUGACCAAGACCGAAAAAGGAAAAGUGGUCUUUCGUCUGUAUAGUCAUGUGAAGAAAUCUGUAAAGAGUCUUUUUUGUUAUAAGUGUCAAGUUGAUUUUGUUUCAGUAAAUAAGUCAAAAGAGUAAGUAAGUAAAUAAGUAACAAAGCAACUUGAGUAAGAUGAAGGUUGUAAAUCAAACCAAACGCAUUAAAAUGAUCUUCAUCCUUUCUUCUCCUCCCAAGCCACGACUUUUCUCUCUUGCUCGUUUUGUAUAAAUAAAUACUUCUGCAAUGUGUGAAUAUUGUGAUGCCAUCGGAUGUCUUGUUGGCUCAAGUUUUGAUUGUUGAAUAUUUGGAAAGAGUAAAGCUUAACACAACAUUGCGCAUAAAACGAAUCAACAAAUUCAACCAUAACAUCGAACUCACAAGGAUUACACAAACAUAAAUGACAUCGAAGCUUUGCGCCUAGGACUUUCCUGCGCAACCGUUUCAACUUUCAAUCACCGAGAAAGUUGGGUGUUCGCCCGAAACUGAACGAAAGAAAUAAGAGAUCUGCGCAAGAUCUCAGUCUCGUUUGAGGGAGCAGUCUGCUUUUGACAGUGGUAGCGGAGUUAGAGUGGUUACUCUUCCGCUGAUUACGACCGGCAAAUACUAGCGGUCGACCAGUCAGCAACGGAUCCAUCGCAACGACAAUUAACGAAAAGCAGCGAUUGUGGAACAGUCAGCCUUCUUUCCCGCCAGAUGAAUAAUAGUCAAGGCGACAGCAGUGGAAAAAGACCAAGAAGCUCAAUCAGUAGUUCUUCUCCUGGUGUUACUGGAGAUACGACGAAAGAACAAGCUGCCAUCACGUCAGAACAUCUAAGGCAGCUUAACGAACAGUACCAAGAACGACUUCGGCAGUCCGCAAACGAUAGUUCGGCAUCUGAGCCCAAGCCGAUCCGGCCGAAGUUGCCAAGUCUAGGGUCCUAUCAGAAAGGAAAAGUAGGACACAAAGGAAGUAUGCCUCCUCCGCCACCUCCUCCACCACCGCCGCCAGGCCUGACGCCAGAAUCUCAUCCUCAGCGUUUUAGCAUGGGGACACCGGAGAACAUGAGCGGCAUGGACAUGAACAAUUUGUGGAGUCAAGUUUUCAAUUCGCCAAAUUAUCCACAGAGUGGAAAUGGAGUAGGUCUAGGAGGGUCCGCGUCUUCUACUGGUGGUUUUCUACAACUCCCAAGUGCUGGAGCGCUCCCGUCGGGGACAGCUACAAAUGGACAAGGCAUCAGUUCAACUGCAAGUGUGAACGCAUUCUCAGGAGCAGACGUCAUUCGUCAUGUUGAUAACAUCAUGAGAGGAAGUAGCACCGGCCAGAGCUUUCCUGAUCCCAGAGCAACGGCUCAACCGCAAGGGCCUCAAGGUCAUAAUCGAUCCUUCCCAAGCGGCAAGGGGAAUCGAACCGGGGAAAAUCAUUCUGCGCAAGAACCAAGCAUCUUCGAUCGAGCCAUCGUAGAAAGAAUGCAUCGUGACGAAAUCAUCUUGAAUCAACGGACACAGUCUCUUCGCAUGAGAGCUGAACAACUCGAGGCCGAACAGCUAGAGGUGCAGCGACAACUGGCUGAAGGUAACUCUAACUUCAACCAGCAAAGGAAAUCAGUUGAACUGAUUCAAGAACAACUGACGCAGCGAAAUAUGGACAGCAUCAGUCAGCGACAAAUUGUUGAAGAUCAGACUCGGAACACGGCAAACCAGGUUGCGCAGUAUGCCCAAGAUCAAUCUAGUUUCCAGUUUCAGGAACUCAGCAAGCAAGUGAGGGAACUUCAGCAAGAACUUGCGGAGAAGACAGCGAGAGCGAACAACAGCGAGGAAAUCAGUCAACUAAGAGCACAAGUUGAGCAGCUAAAGUACAUGAACAUGCUCGGAGGUGGAAGUCCGUUUGCGGACCCUACCCAGCGCACUGGUUUUGUUCAACAAGGGAGUGCUCCUAUGUCGGUUGCGCCGUCAUCUGCAACUGCAAACGGAAAUCAGUACUACGAUGCCAACAACAUCCCUGACCAACAACAAGGGAGCAACGGCGGCAGAACAGCACCCCCACCACCACCAGCGAAAGCACCAGCGGGAGUCUUGACCUUUCUCCAAGGAUCAGCUGACGCCGGAAAGGAUUUCUUCGGAAAGAAAGGAGAAAAGGGAAGCCAGUUUCCAGGAGGUAGUUCUCCUCCGAUCCCUCCAAUCCAUAUAGAUGGUCCAGGACUAGCUUUCGGUGGAGUAAACGGAAAGGGACCAGUCCCCGUUCCAGGAGCAGGAGGACCUCCGCCUUUUCCUCCAAAUGCUGGAGGAACCUUCAACAAAGGAGCGACGGUGGGGGGUAAACCUCUGUCCGCGGGAAUCGGAGCACCAAUGAGUCAGACUCUACGCCACAACUUACUCGGAGACGUAAACCAGUACAGCAGCCUUGGUUACAAGCAGAAUGGCGGAGGACUAGUCAGGAAGAAGAAAUGGAAUUUCACACGCGUACUUUUCGAAUCUGAGUACCGGAUUAGUAACAACCUAGAGUACGUCCCAGCUGAAUACGUACUCGAGACAAAAGGGCGACUUCCAGAUAGAAUGCCGCCCACACAAUAACAAUACCCACGGCUUCGAGAGUUUUUGGCUGCAAUCGAAACGUACCUUCUAAGUUUGGUCAACAGGCCAGGUGCCAACAACUCAGACGCGUGGCUGUUCCCAGAAUUGGUGGAGAACGAAAUCAUCGAGGAUGUCCUCUACGAGAGGAAUAACCCAUCAGGAGGAGCAUCUUCAACAAAUAGAUGGGGAAGCACUUUUGCCAAAAGUGUAAAGAGCAAGAUCCGGACACUUCGUUUCAAUAGGCUAGAACGCGAGUCACUGCGGUUCGAAAACCUUCUUCUGAGGUUGUGCGAUUUGUACAGUGAUGAAUUUGUCAUCAACAGAGAAGAAAGGGAAAAGUUCCGCAAUUUCAGGCGAAAAGAUGGAGAAAGCGACGAGGAAGUUAUUCUUCGAUAUAUCCAGGAGUCGCAAGAAGCAGGCGAAGUCCCUCUUCCAAAAAUUAACCCACACGAUCCGUUCUCAGACCCAGAUCGCGUCACCAAGGCAAGAAAUGACGUGUGGGAGGACUUCACUAGCAAAGUUUCUCUGGAACACCCGGAAAUUGCUGAGCAGGUGCUAACUCAUCCCGAGUACAUGAAGACCAACGGAGGAGUAGUGAUGUUCGGGCAACUUCUUGAAUACUACCAGUUCAUGGAACAAGCAAGAAUCUCGCUUCGGAAAAAGCGCCCUUCAGCAACUUCGUCAGGUCCAGCUAGUAGUAGCAAGGAACGUGCAGCGCUCACCGAUGAGCAACGUCGAGCCGGCGAGGGAGAGCGUCACUUUUUCGAUGACGAUGGUGGAGAAGCAGUUUUCGCAGCCAAGAUUGACCCAACAAAGCCAUGGAAAUACCGACCAGAUAACCCACGAGGAACGUGGAAUAGCAAGGGUCCAGGAAACGCACCACGAGCAGGCGGAAAUGGUGGUGGAACAGGCACAGGAGGAAAGAAGUUCUCACUCACCAAGAAGAAGAAGAUCGCAUGCUACAACUGCGGCGAUGAACAUCUUCUAGCUGAUUGCCCAUUCGGAAAAGACAAGCGAUGUCGCGGGUGUUUCGGAAAAGGACACAUCGUUCGAGAGUGCUCGACUCAAGAGAGUGAUCGCGCGGCAGCCCGACUGAAGAAUCUCAAAGAGCUAAACCUCAGUGCACCAGAAAAGAUCGCUGCGCUACUAGAGCUUCUAGAUGAAAAUGAUACUCAGCAGAUCAUUCUCAGCACAGUGGACAGCAGUCAGCAGCAGCGGGUCUUUGUGAUUGAGGACAGAAACCAACCUGAGGACGGCUCUUACGAAAGAGUUUUCGGCAUAAGCGAAGAGGACGCUGACUCUCCAACGUGCGCCGACCGACGUUGAAACUGAAGAGGAGAAGCAUCAAGAAAAGACUCACGUCCUGAAGGAAACGAUGGAAGUGGUGAUGUCCACUUACGAAACCAACACGGUGAAGCUGGCCCUCCAACAUGCCGGGUAUUCUUUUGAAUGCUUCCCAGUGGAAGAAGAAGAAACCCCCAAAGACGAACUAGACGUAGCACAGUUUCAAGCUGAAAUAGAUGUUCUCGACAGGCGGGGAGCACUAGUAGGAGGAGUCAGAGAGCAGAACGAAGUCGCUCAGUUCACCAGUGAACCAAGGUGCAUGCAGUGGGGUGAUGGAUACAACACCAGACUGUUUUGUGACAUCAAGACUGCCAACUUCAAUCGAUCUGAAGCUGAGACCAACGGAGUUAAGAUUCUAGUUGAGGAGGAUGAAAACGACGCUGCGACCGGAGCAGGCUUAAACCUUACCAAGUUAACAUCCUACGCAGACAAACCCAGCCGUAUGCGAUACGGAGAAUUGGCCAGUCUUUGUACGCGAUUGGCUUUGCAAAAAUGACCGUCACAAAAAUGGGACCAAAUCUUCUGGGAGAACUUCUACAAUCUGAACUGUUUGCGUCCGUCAUUAGGGAGCCUGGAGUCCCUAAGCACCUUCGCGGAUUCGACGGGAAGUGGCUGGUGGAUUUCGAAGGAAAAGGCCAAAUUGUCAGUCGAGUUUUCCAGUUUAGUCCACAAGAAUGGGCAGUGCUGCGCAAAGUGCAGGAGAUUAAUCCACAAGGCCUGUGGUGCAGACCCAUCUUUGUAGAUGAUCUACCGAGCGCCGUGCAUUCCUCGAGCGAAGCAGCUAAGGGAACUCCUGCGUCUUGUCUCUAUGAUCUUCGCAGGUAUCGGGACUACGCCAAAUUAUGCGGCUACACUAGUGAAACAACUUGCCGUGACGCCAAAGUGGGAAAAACGCAUCUGCCGCCUCUCAAAGAAACAAUUGGGGAAAGUGAAUGCGUCGCGGCUGCCAACGAAAACGUUGGCGGAAAAUCUUCAUCAUCUUCUUCAAAGCCUGCCCCAAGUAGUGCUCUCGGACAAAACAACACUAAGCACUCUGUUCAAGUAGAUGACGAUGUAGACCAGGACGGAUACUCGAAGAAAGACCUAGAAUCCGACUCCAGCACCUGGAUAGUGUCUAGAGACAACCAACUUGUGCGGGAAGGCGACGACUUCGGGGUAGAUGGCAAGAAAGCCAGACUAGCAGUCUUCCGAGAGAGACAUUUUGGGAUCCGGCGAACGCCACCAAUCCCAGAAUGGCUGAAGCACCGAGUUAGGCUCCGCAGGAUCAUCGAUAUCGGGAAGCAAGUUAUUGCAGCACCCGACCUUCGCGACGACUGGAAAUCGUCUUCACGAGAAAACCUAGAAUGCGAUCUAUGGACCGGAAACGAUCAGAAAUCAUUUCACGUGAUUGAUUACUUCUUCUACAUCUCAACUGAUGCUGAAAUUCGUCAAGUUAAAGCCAGCAACAGCCUUCAACAAGAGCUCAACAGUGGAUAUGUGUCGACAAAGUCGCAAGGUCGUCUCUCUACUGACUUCCGCCAGAGCAAAAUUCUACCGAGUGAUCUCUCCGAAAUUCCUUUCGAAUAUGUUGGUAGCGGCAACUCUACAUCGGCUUUCCAGAAGGCACCGACUGGGCGCCAACUUCUCCAAGUUCGGGGAGAUGUUGAACAUGUUCACGUCUUCACCUGUCGAGACAUUGCAGACGUCCCUACGAUUAUCGCGGAAACGACACGCAUUAUCGACGUUGAAGAGCUAGGACUCAGAGAGGCCACCUAUAGAAGGAAGCUUGUGGACUGCAAGAAGAAGUGCGUGCUAACUGGUUUUCACCCAGACGCGCAGCGCUCGAUCACCAGCGCCGCAAUUGAUGAAGUUCUGCUGCAGCUGCAAACUAAGAAGCGAAUCAUCCUUCGUUGCGAAACAGGUCCCGGAUUCUCUGUCGCUCUCGGUGAAAUCCUCCGGACAGACCACAGGAGAUACGUUAAUAAUUGCAGUCUCGCCAAAGAACUGUUCGUGCACUCUUUGACACUGCAAAACAAUGGUGAAGCGAUCCGAUACUCAUCUGAAGAGCUCACCAGAGUUCACGUCUGCCUUCCUCCACUGCGUAGCUGUUCCUCGCGCGAACGGUCCAAGAUACGACUACUGCAAACAGCGCUUUACUACCAAGGGAAAUUUGCCAGUUUCGACACGUGUCUCACCAUUGCCAGGUCACAACUCCCCGGUCUUCCAGAAGAAGAACUACGAGAAGUGACCAGACUCGCGCGGCACGAACAGCAGGCAAAAAUACGAUACGGAGUAGGACCAAAGUUGAAGGACUUCGUUAGUUUUUCUGCGGCAACAGCAAUGCGAUCAGGUGGAGAGACCCUAAUAGACACAACCUUUCUGACCGAAAAUGGAUUCAUUUUCACAAUAGUAGGAGUCAAAUCGGUGGGUGAUGGUCGAAUUGGAUUCUUCAACUGCGGCACCAAAGUUCGACUCCAACCUCUGCUGGAUAAGGCGAUCAAGCAGAAGCGCAUCACACCCGAAGAGGCGAGACGAGCUAUCGACGGCGUCAUGUUCCAGCUGCAUGACGAUUUCGGCAAGCGCCUACUCCAAGGCCAUGCGUCUCCGUCGAAAGAAGACAUCGCCAAAGUUCUCUACCGCGCCCUCGAUAAAAAGCUUUUGCGCAGAAAAAUAUAGGCUGACGCAGGUCUCGAAAAUUUAGCUCUGUCUGAUUUUUCGAUGAUUCAAAAAACCGGACGAGAAUGGCGAAUACUACCUAUCGGUGAAAAAGUCUACAUCCUUGAAAGAGGCUUCCUCUUUCUGAAGACCAUAUGGCGCAGAGUUCGAGUGACACCAGAGUGCCGCGCGCUCCCCGUCCAAAUUGUCCUAGAUGAGCUUGCGGAAGCCAGCGCAAACUGUCCGACUUCAGCACACCAAGCUCGAUCGCGCAGCCAGAUGUUCUGGGGUUUAGAAGAAGGAAAGGCAGACGGGCUUCUUCAUCCUAUCGACCAGGAAAUUGAACACAUCUCGGCGCAGGACUCCGACUCGCACCUUCAGAACCUGACUGAAGCACGUAUUCGCGUACAUUCCGAAUGUACCGCUCUGACACUCAUCCCGGACUACGUGAACGCAUGCAAGAAGCUGAUGCACAACAUUCGAGAUAAAAUGCGACCAGAUCACUUCUUGCCAGGUGAUAAAGUUGUCUACACUAACCCUCAAAGCGGCCGCCUUCAACCCGGAACUGUUGCAACACGGACUAGAAAAGUAACUGGUCAAGACGCGUACGAGUACCGAGUAGAUUUCGAACGCGGAACAAGCAAGGUCAAGAAGAAUCUUCUUAGUACUCAUGUAAACUUCAGCGUGCUUCUCGACAUUCCGGACGGUACACACCUUGUGUCCUACCAGGAUUAUAAGGAGCAUGGUCGUCUUCUGCAAGCGCAGAAAAGGUGGGACGCCCUCCACAAAGCCGAAGAAGAUAUCUACGCUGCUGCCCGUCCAAUUGACCACGAGCCAGGGCCUUUUCCUGAUUCUCUCCCCCCCGGGGAAGGGAAGAGGAAGAUGCGGAACAAAAUGUCAAGAAAAGGAAGAAGAAUCUUGGACGACAUCGCAUCCGAAGAUGACAAGGUAGAUCCUCCAGCAAAGGAGGAAAGCGAAAAAGAUCCACUUCUUCAAUCAGUCGAGAGCGAGAACGACGGGGGAGCAGGAGAAGACGAAAACGGCGAUCACGUUUUCGCGACAGCAUCAUCUUCGGCAUCCUCCACAAGAGUGAAGUGCUAUCACUGUGGCGGACUUGGCCACAAGGCGCAGAGCUGCGGCCUCAAGAGGCAUCGCAAUUCAGUCUCGACCUCAAAGCCUGUUGCGACAAACCACGAAAGCGACGACGAAGAGUGGCGUGCAGUGGAUCUCUCCGGGUACGGCACAGACUCGUCAGAAGAUCAUCUUAGAGAAACCUCGGCGCACAGACAAGCCAGAAGUGACAGAGUGGAAGAAGAACUGCAGGCGGACAUCGACACGAGUGCGAAAAGUAAAGAAGUCGUCUUCAGUGCGCGAGAAGCUGCAAGAAGUCUUCCACUCGAGCCGGGAGAAAAGACAGCACUUAGUGCUUCUGUUUUUGAGUACUUCUUCGUUCGACAAGAAGUAGAUGGCGACGCCUCGACUGAAGAUGAAGAAAAAUCAUCAGUCGAAGGAACAGCAAGAUGGCUGGACGAGAUUCGAGACGAGAACAAUCCAGAUUGGAAGACGAAGUUCAGCAGACCGAACCGCGAUACUCGUCGCGCUCUAUUCAAGCUUCUUGAGAAAGAAAAGGAAGGAAAGAUCAAAGACGAUAGCUUAACCUUCGAGAUGCUCCGCAAGAGUUUGCUUGAAAACGCAACGCACAAGAUCUCGCCGGUUGGUUUUGAUCUAUAUCACGACUGGAAGUCCGAGCAGCAGCGCGGAGACCUGGCAAAGCCGGAACUUCAAAGUGAAACUCUCAUCGUCUGGAACAAGCACAGGAGCUGCAUCGUCUACAACAAGAGUGAGUACGACAGAGCCGGCGGAGGCCCUCUUCUGCGAAUAGUACUCUGGAAACUUGAAGAUCGGAAAUCGUACCCGGAUUUAGGUCUUUAUUCGAUUUACGACCCGAAAGUCGCUCGUCACCCAGAAAUAGUGAGAAAACUAAAAGGAGCCGGAAAGGUCCCUGACUGCGAUCAUAGUUUUUGUAGAUCGGCUGCAGGCCUAGAUGCUCCAGAAACGUACACGAAAGCGGUAUGCAAGGAAGUGCGAAACAUGAUCGAAGAAGGUCUAAUCCAAGUCUGGGAGGAUGGAGAGCCUUGCAGCGACGAAAAGAUCUUGACGUCGCGUGGGCUGCAGGAUCUGAAAAUGAUGACCAGCUGCCAUUUCAAGCAAGGAAGUAGAGUUGUGCCCGGCGGACAUCUUAGCAGCAUUACGGCUAGCGCAGAAAGCCCAACAAUGUCUGCUCUAGACUUCCGUUUGGUGAUCUCAUCUCUUAGAUACAUCCGUGGUAAGAGAGCUCUGCGAUCAGGAGACGUGCCGAGAGCAUUCCUCAAAAAUAGAAGGUUCGCUCCUGAAGCCCGACCUCGAUUUCGAUUUCCGUUCAACAUCGCCGACGAACCCACGCUGAACGCGUUGAAGAGCGAAUUCGGGAUCGCCCCGCGGAGUGUGUUCGUGAUGAGCGUCUCGAUCUACGGCUUGAAGGAAGCUGCUCUAUUGUGGUAUCGAACUCUUGCGCAAUUCCUGGCCUCCAUCGGAUACCGAUGCUCUCCGGAAGCGCCCUGCGUUUUCGUGGAUGAUUCCGGCUUCAACAAAGUCGGACUGCAUGUCGAUGACCUCAUCUUCUCAGGGGAAGAAGGUGCAUUCGAUAAGCUUGCUGCAGCUUUAAAAGAGCGCUUUGGCCUGGAAUCGUGGGCAGACGGCAAAGACGGAUUCGUGUGCACCGGGUCGACGAUAAAACUAGACCAAGAUGGAAACGGCGUGCAGAUCCACAUGAGGCAAAAGAUCGAAGAACUUCAGCUGAGCGAAUUGCCGGAAACGUUUGACAAAACCAAAGUGGAAGCUUCAGAUCACGAGAAACUGAACCCGAAGCAAGUAGGGGAUCUCAAGGCGAAACGAGGUAGCUUGAUCUACAUCGGACAAGCUCAUCCCGAUGCUCGUUUUCCGACUCGAGCGUUUGCAAUCGGAAGCGACGAGUCCAAGGACUGUCGCUGGCUGUCUGGGCAAAACGCAGUUAUUACGAGGCUGAAGGGAAGCAGCGACGGGAUAUGCCUCGAUCUGAGCUACGAAAAGGAAGUGCUGAUCAUGUGGCCGGAUGCCUCCUUUCAGACACCUGCUGUAAGUAGAAGCCGAACCGUUGUUCAACUCGGAAGGAGAAAGAGUCGCGAGUCUAGAAGAUAGGCGAAGCAUCUUCGACUCAUGCGCAGAUAAGGGCACCUUCGUCGCGAAAACUUACGAGGAAGUGUACACCGCGCUCAUUGGCAACAGCAGCACAAAGAAAAGAGAAGAGAGGCGUCAAAGGAAUGCAGCUGUGGUAAUUCCGAGCACCAUCGACGAUAAAGUGGCCAGAGACGUUUUUCGCCUGAAACCGAUGCUCGGGUGGGUUCUUCUCUCCGUGUCGGAGGAGGAUCUCAAUGCGUACAUCGCCAAGCAGACGGAAAUCAAGCGGGUGCAAACCCUGGCUGAAUAUGAGAAGCUAGAGAAGAUGGAGCUUCGUUGUUCUUUCCUGGAGAUGGACAACAUCUUCCCUGGACAAGUUGCUAACUCAUCAUACGAAGCAGAGCUGUAUGGCUUCGGUGAAUCCUAUCCAGUGUUGGAAAUGAGCAAGGCGAAGCUAUGCGCGUGGGGCCAUGUCGUAAAGGGAUACUUGAUCUCGGACUCCAAAUCUGCCAUUAUGCGAGUGAUGAGCAAGGCAGCGAUCGGAGUUGCAGACGCAACAGUCUUCCGCAUACUUGCCCGGAUUAAGUCCUGGCACCAUCAAACGUCUUGCGAGAUCGGUCAUGUGACGGAUAAAGCGAAUCCGGGGGACGCUAGCACCAAAGUGCAGAGUGGGUCGAAACUUCAGCAGUUCAUGCGGAUGCUGAAAGGAAGUUUGGUGUUACCUCUGGGACAAAUGUUCGUCCGAGCCAGGAAGUACACGUGGGAGAGACCGUUAGCUCCCGAUUGUGAAAUCAUCAGUGAUAACAACCAGUAAGGAAAAUUUGCAUCUAGUUUUUGGAAAAAGAAGAAACAACAUAUCAUCUUCAUGGAAAAACAUAAGAAAAAAAAAGGAUCAGCAGCUAGGAGCAGGGGUUCUUGGCAGAUCGUCUAUUUUCCCAGCAGACGAUGUCAACCAUUUUGGUUUAGGGAACUUCUUGCAGAUUUUGCUACUUGAAGAAGCAAGAAGAUGAGCAGUAAUUUGGAUGGAGCGCAGAGCAGAGCUUGCGCUCCCAGGUAAAUUUCUGAUGCACAGUUUGUAGUCGAGUGGACAGGCAGAAGAGUGCAUAACGGUCGCAGAAUGUGUGAUGGAGCAUGGAACGUUAGAUCAGUGAGCGAGUACGAUGCUAAAGAUGAUACUUUCCAGUGCAGUAGCAACAAGUGGCGUUUUUGCUUUUGAGGAGCGAGCGGCUCCAUCCCAGUUUGGCAGGGUUGCAUCGCAGCUAACGGAGCAUGGGACUUGUAAGCAUGAACAUAAUGGGAACCUACGCAUGGGAACGCCAUAAACACGAAAAGCAGAAGCAGGGAGAUGCCUCUCAACUCUACAAGUGACUUUGACUUUACUUUCUUCACCCCCGGGGCACUGUGAACUUUCUAAAAGUAAGAAUGUUCUGUGCUGCACUUCAAAAUAGUGCAUGAAGUAAAGUCGUCGUCUUUGUUUCGAGUUGAGAGAAACGAGAAGAGAAAAUCGGCGAAGAGAAUCGGAUUUGUUUUCGACGGUUUUCGUUUGGGAAGAUGACCAAGACCGAAAAAGGAAAAGUGGUCUUUCGUCUGUAUAGUCAUGUGAAGAAAUCUGUAAAGAGUCUUUUUUGUUAUAAGUGUCAAGUUGAUUUUGUUUCAGUAAAUAAGUCAAAAGAGUAAGUAAGUAAAUAAGUAACAAAGCAACUUGAGUAAGAUGAAGAUUGUAAAUCAAACCAAACGCAUUAAAAUGAUCUUCAUCCUUUCUUCUCCUCCCAAGCCACGACUUUUCUCUCUUGCUCGUUUUGUAUAAAUAAAUACUUCUGCAAUGUGUGAAUAUUGUGAUGCCAUCGGAUGUCUUGUUGGCUCAAGUUUUGAUUGUUGAAUAUUUGGAAAGAGUAAAGAUUAACACAACAUUGCGCAUAAAACGAAUCAACAAAUUCAACCAUAACAUCGAACACACAAGGACUACACAAACAUAAACGACAUCGAAGCUUUGCGCCUAGGACUUUCCUGCGCAACCGUUUCAACUUUCAAUCACCGAGAAAGUUGGGUGUUCGCCCGAAACUGAACGAAAGAAAUAAGAGAUCUGCGCAAGAUCUCAGUCUCGUUUGAGGGAGCAAUCUGCUUUUGACACUAUAUUGAUUAGACAGAUGGAUUUGGAUCAAAAAAUGUAGAUGAUUAAAAAAGUGUACUUUUCCAAAUCUCCUUUGUCCUCACUACAGCUGUCUCCGCGGCGAUUUCGAGCUCGACGUCUAUACCCACCUCUUUUUCCACGAGAAUGCUGGUUCUAGUCUGAUUUUCGACGAAGAACGACACGAGGCUGAGAGGAAAACUGGGACUUCGACAGAUGCUGUUUGUUUCUGCACUAGACCAGUGGACUACUUCGAAGUUGAGAUUCUAGAACUCAUACCGAAAGGCCAGACGAGGACAGCAGCAUUUGGAUUUCUGUGGGAGUUGCCGAGUGUUAUGUCCGAUAGUUGGUGUUAUAAUAGAUGGGAUAAUUGUUCGGCAUUUGAGCCAUACAUAAAGUACGCAAAGAAGAUAUUAGAUGUAACCACCAGUCGGUAGACGGUGUACAACUAGAGUGUCAGUUCAGAUCCUAUGAUAGUAUCCCUUGUGCUUCUAAUCUCCUCAAGCUCGCUCGUGUCGGCAAGUCCGCAUCCGAGUUGAAGAAUGCUGUGGUUUGCGGUGGUGAACUGCCUCAAAUCUUCGUGGAUGGGCAGUCUGUUAAGCGCAACCUCGAAUGGAGACCAAGACGUGCUCUGCUUGAGAACGACCGCGUGGGCGUCGCAUGGGACUGGGAAGAUUGCGCAGUCCGCGUGUUUCAUAACGGAAAGCAGGUCUGUGAAAGGUUGCUAGACGUGGCAGCAUAUCCGGUUUUGAAGCAACGGCGUGUCUUGUACCCUCUAGUCGACGUAGCAGGACAUGUGCGGAAAAUUAGCAUCGUGCAAGCGGCAAAACGGCCCAAAGUGAAGAAAUCCUCGAAAACUGGUGAUGAGGAUGAAGAUAGCGAUGACUCGGAUAGUGUGCAACAGGCAGAUAAUGUAGCGACGUCUCCUGGUCGUGCAGGGACUACAGCAGGUAGCGGUCAGGAACCGCAUGCAACUAGUCCUCCUGGAAACGGGAAAGUGGUGGGGGAAAAUAGUCCUGGAGAAAGUCCGGGCAGUCCCUCUACCUUGCCGGCUAAGAAAGACUGAAAUUGUCCGACGAUACGCAUGUUGAUUGUACUCGUCUUUAGGACGCUCACGAAUUUUGAUGAUAGACACUGCUGCUGCUGCUGCUUGUCAUACUUUCGCUUCAUCACUGCGGAGCUCAUUACCUGGAGACGGUUCUCCCUUGUUGGCAUAAAGGGAAAAAGAAUUACUGAAAAAGCAAAAUAGAAUGAAUAACGGGAUGUUGAGAGCACCAUUUCACUCCACCAAAGGUAACCCCUACGUACGAAGCUGUAGUGGCC